AACGCUUCAGCAAUCCCCCCCGACAAAAGCUGAAAAAAUCAAACAUUUAAUUUUAAAGACAACCAUGGUCAAAGUGCCAGGUAAUUGGCGUAAGGACGCUAGGAAACAACAUUCUGCCAUCUUACAUCAAAGACAUGAAAUUAUCUGCACAGAAAGUUUGAGCUCAGCUAUCUAUAAAAGUAUUGAUAACCACCAGGUACACGGAGGAGGCAUCGAACAAAGCACAAAAUGAAAUUAAAAUUGGGGCAGAACGGCUAAUAGACCCUGCAGGAGGCAACACACUCUCAUAUUUUUUAAUUAAGUUUAAAGUUUAAACCAAGGGCUGCAGGAGGCAACACACUCUCCAUUUUUUUUAAUUAAGUUUAAAGUUUAAACCAAGUUUUGAGUUUAAAAACCCUCAUUUCACAAUAGUACUUGGAACAAUGCAGAACAGGCUCUCGAACCAGUGUUGCUGCUCGGUUGCAUCUUCUCUCCAGAUAACGUGUGUUUGGCAACAACGCCUUAAAACCCCUCCACGAACGGAUCCCGCGCGAAGAUCUUGCCAGAUCGUCAUCCGGGCCGUGUACGAUGCGCUUGCCGCGCUAUAUGUUUUAUUGCACCGAAGCAUGAACAACUACGCGUAACCCGAUUGGACGCCGGUACGCAUCGGUUUUCGUCAAGAAAUUCUCAAGAGCAUCGGGUCGUGUAACAGAAACCAAAUGGUGAAUCAGUUCGAUUCAUAAGCCCCCGGGAACGCAUAUUGCAUCUGCCGGCAAGGUUCGGUGGAGGUAUCGCUCCACAGUAGCGGCGAUUUUCCUUACCGCCGUUCUAACUUCUAGCAGCACUCUUCUGUUGGGCUCUUGAAGUGGAAAAUAAAGAAAGAAAGACCGUGGGGAGAGAAAAAAAAAGAAACAUCUGCAUUCCGGGUGUUUGCGUCAUUAUUUUGCCGGCAGUUUUCCACUUCCCGCUGCCGUACUCCAAGCCCGUAUUGUUCAUUUGCUCAGCUGCCACCCCCUUGCUCCCUGCGACGCGAGACCCAUUCCUGAGGCUGCCUGCCUCCGGUUCAAAACCCAUGCCCCACAGUCGUAUGGUAAACGCAUCUGUUCAGAACAUUUCUCCACCAGUUCGCGCUGGGCGAUGGUUUGGGUGGUGGUUUCGCGCUCCAGUGUGGCGUGUGGUGGUGUUCUUAUUACACACUAGUUCAGCACCCUUCGACUUAUCUUCCAGCCCAGCGUGCGCACACGGGACGGGGAGUGAGAUGUCCGCUUUUAAUCGCGCGCGCACUCUUCUCGUGCCCUCGCGCAUCCGCAAGUCGACCGCGUGUCGUGCCGCGCAAGUCUUAAGAGAACCACCGCUAACGGGUGUCUGCGUCUUCGGAGGCGUUCUUUCGUUUUCAUAUUUAUCACUCUCACUUUCGCAUCCAUUCCCUGUGAGCCGCUGGUUUGUCCGGCACCCAGGCAGUUCGAGCUGGAUCGCUGGGGUGAUCGUGUGACGGCGCGUUCACGUUUGGCUUGCGGGAAACUGUGGCUUGCACUAUCAAAAGAUCGAAUUUGCUGCUGACGCCCAAAACACGGUUUCGUGUCAAUGAUUGUACGCCUUCUAAUGAGCGUUUUGAUCCGUGGUUAAUCAAUUAGGAUCACUGCCGAAACUAGGCCGAUGAUCGGCUUCCGGGGUAGUAGUGAUCGCAUUGUGUUGAUCGGAGUGAGCACCGCGUGAAGUGACAGAGCAGUGCGAGCAACCAUGAGCAACGACUCGUACGGGAAUCUCGGCGAUGCUUCCAACCCAGCAGCGGAUGGAGUGUUCUGCUCCACCGAAAUAUCGAUCGUGGCAGCAUCGAGCGCCACACUAAUUGCCGCACUCGGAACAAUCGGAAAUGUGACGACACUACUGGCACUGGGCCGUAAUCGGGCCGUGCGACAGCGGCGCCGGCAGCCAACGACCGCCUUCGUAAUGUCGCUGGCCACCGCGGAUUUAUUGUUCUGUGUGGCGGUUAUGCCGCUGAUGGCGCUUCGGUACGGCCGCCGAAGAUGGCCCUUCACUUCCAGCAGCUUGUGGUGCCGACUGUUCCCGGUGGCACUGUACGGAACGGUGGCCACAUCCGUGCUGAGCCUGGUCGCCCUAACCGUCAAUCGGUAUGUGCUGAUCGUGCAUCCGAGUUGGUAUGGAUCGAUCUACCGAACGGCCGGUAUGGUUCCGCUGCAGUUGGCCGUUUGUUGGGCCAUUCCGUACGGUUUGAUGGCUCUACCACUUUUUGAACUGUGGGGACGGCUGGGGUUCGAUCGGCGGACCUUCUCCUGCACAGUUUUACCGUCAAUCACCUCGACGGGUACAUUUUCCGCCAGUCCGAAGAAAUUCAUCUUCAUCGUAGGAUUCGCUCUACCGUUCUGCGCUAUUGUGCUGUGCUACACGGCCAUCAUCGGUGCCGUUCGACGACAGCGACGGAACAUGCAACGAUACGCGGUGAAAGGUUCCGUUUCGGCUACCGCCACACCCGGCAGCAUGGCGGCUGGGCCCAGCAAUGACGAUGACGAGCGGCAUCUGACGCGAACAACGGCCGCCAUAUUCGGAUGCUUCAUGAUCUGCUUCUUGCCGCUGACGAUCGCCAACGUGCUGUUGGAGGAUGCUGAGUCUGCCGGAGAGGCAGGUGAUGUACAUGUGCUGGCAUCGAUUCUUACUUGGCAUUCGGCCGUACUUAAUCCCUUCAUCUAUGCGCUAGGUAGUCGACACUAUCGAAACGCCUAUUGGGCCGUUCUUCGCUGCUCCGAUUGCAAAAGCACAAACACCCAGCGAAGCAUUACCUUCCACCGGCAGCAGUCGGCUAUGACGCCUGGCGUAACGAAAUCAACAAAAAUUGGAAACUGUGCAGCAGAUAACACGACGGGCAGUGGAACGCAAAAUAAUUCGGAAGUAUGACGAAAGUAGGACGACGUUGAUAAAAAAUGGCUCUAUCCAAAGUGUAAUAUUCCAGUAAAUAAAAAUAAAUAUUAUUUUAA